UAGAAAUAGUUUCUCUGGUUUGCUUGUGCCAACACAACAUGUCAAAGCUUCUGUGUCAAAGUGCUCAAGGGUCUAAUAGCUGACAGUCUUUUUGAUUCCAAGGGUCUUCACUUCCUUCCACACUCCAGAGAGCCUUAAAGCAAAACACCAGCCAUCCAAGGUCAGCCAGGAUGAGUGACAACACUUCUCUGGGUCCCCCAGCACCAAGCCAGGGCCCUACUACUUCACGCAAAGGACCCCCUAAGUUCAAGCAGAGGCAGACUCGACAGUUCAAGAGCAAGCCCCCUAAGAAAGGAGUGAAAGGGUUUGGAGAUGACAUACCGGGCAUGGAGGGGCUAGGAACAGACAUCACGGUGAUCUGUCCCUGGGAAGCAUUCAGCCACCUGGAACUGCAUGAGCUUGCUCAGUUCGGGAUCAUAUGAGGAGUCCAGAGGCUCCCACGCUUUCAACAGGAUCUGUUGUUAAUGCCACUGCUUUUACCCAAUUGGUCUUUCUGAGUCUUGAAAUCCAGUAUUUAGAAUGAAUUUCUUUGACAUAUAUGGUCCUUACCCAUGAAUUAUAGUAUGUGUUCUUUCCUGCAGGGUGGCUCAACUUCAACGGUGAAUAAAAAG